GGUCACCUUAUCACUCAACUCGCUGAUGCUGAGACAAGCCUUCCCGGCUACCGAAUCCACGGCAGCUCACAGCUAGGACACCCAGCUGCCCAUCUUCUUGAUGUAUUGCCUUUCCAUGUUCCAUUAGCCUGCUUCUUUGAGAAGCCAUUCCCCUCCACUCUUGAGUCAAUAUCCGAAAAUGUAUCAGCAAACCCGAACGAACAGGAUCAAGGCUUUUCUGUGUAA